AUGGCUAGCGAUCUCUGCCGGGACCCAGGCCUACCGGUCGACAAUCCAACUCCCUCGUAUUGGCAGCAACCAGCUAACACAACAUUCUCAUCGAACAGUAAAUCACCACCAGCCCAAGCUGUUGGGCGAGACAUUGUGAUCAUUGGGUCCGGCAUUACAGCCGCAAGCGUAGCCUGGCAUCUUCUGACGCAGUCACCUGAACUCAACGUCACGAUCGUCGAAGCGAGAGGAGUAUGUUCGGGAGCGACAGGUCGAAACGGUGGGCGCAUCAAUGCUACCGCAGUACAGGACUUUGACAAGUAUACCAAGAUCUUUGGACGGGACCACGCCAUGCAGAUCGUUCGUUUCGAGCUAGCUCACUGGCGGGAGAUGUGGGAGCUCGUGAGAAGCAUUGGACCUGAGCUGAUAGAGAAGUCAGAAUACCGAUAUAUCAGCGCUUUACUAGCAGUCUUUGAAGAUGAUCAGCUGAACGAGUUGCGAAGAAUGCUGAUUUCAUUCGAAACGUCGUUUCCGGAUGUGCGAAACAAAUGGAGGAUAGUUGAGAAGCAAGAAAUGAGAACGACUUACGGUAUUGGUAACGCUGUAGGUGGGCUGCUCGGAAUGGCAGGGGCCGCAUGGCCAUACAGAAUGGUGACAGGCAUCUUUGAGCAUCUCAAGAACAAAUUUCCGUCACGGUUCUGGAUCCACGAGAAUGCUCCGGUGUUUACUGUUCGUCGUGAUGACAGCCAGACGCCUCCGUAUACACUCGGUACUGCCUAUGGCGCGAUUCGUGCAAAGCAUGUUAUUCAUUGCACGGAAGGACAUACAGCGCACCUCGUGCCCAAACUCGGGGGCAUUUUGGUGCCUCGCAGAGGCCAAAUGACUGUCCAAAAUCCUGGCAAAGACUUUCCUAAGCACAAGCUCCAGUCAUGGUCAUUCUACAUGCAAGGUGUCUUCGAUUACAGCACUGCCAAUGCGAAGACUGGAGAAAUCUUCAUCGGAGGCGGCGAACCGGAGAAUAGAAAGUACUCAGCUGGUGUGUCUUCGGAUGCUGAGAAUGAGCUGGGGGCACUAGCACAUCUUGAUGGCGUCCUGCCGACGGCACUUGGGAUUCAGAAUUGGGGCAGCGACCAAAUCGGCAAGCCACGAGUCAAAGCCGCCUGGACAGGUAUCAUGGGAUUCUCGCUUGAUCAUGCGCCAUUCGUUGGACCGCUUCCAGAGGCCUUGCUGGAUCGCCCGCUUGGAACAAGCGACUCACGGGAAUGGAUCUCCGCAGGCUAUGGGGGUUAUGGAAUGGUCAAUGCGUUUUUGUGUGGAAAAGCGCUGGCUAUGAUGGUCCUUGGCAAGAACGAUCAGGUCGACUUACCUCGGCCAUACUUCUUGACAGAGCAGCGCGCAGGAGCCUUGCUUAAGGAGCUCAAGAGAGUCCAGGGCUCGAAUGAGGAGCACAUCAGAGCAUUACUCUGA